AUGGUGGCAGCGCUUGCCCACUGCGUGAUUUGGCCAUGGGCGCGGGCCAAUUGGUCAGAGCAGCGGGCGCCAUCGGUGGAAAAAGCGAAGAAUACGAGACGGGGCUCAGAGUACGGGGUCAGCAGCGCGGGGCUACGGGCCUUCUUCCCCCGCACCAUCUCCGGGGAUAAGUCCGAAACCUUCGAGGAGAGGAGGAUGAGACCUCGCCAUUCCAGCCUGGGGAUCAGGUCGCUGCUCUGGUCGCCGGCUGGGACGUGA